AUGCGAGAGAUACUGAGCCUACCGGCACCUCUCAAGGCCGACCGGGGCGGCCAGUUACUUAGGAUCUUGUACAAACGAGGUACGAACGCUCUCCAGCCAGGCCUCCUAAGCGAAUUUGCCGCAAAUUGUUUCUGGGGAGACCUAGCUGCCGCUAAAAAGAUGGUCGAAGAGGGCUCCGCGCCCGACCUCCUAGGACACGAAACGCCGUUCGAAUACAGCUACCUCCACUUCACCAUCUACGGCGCCCAAUUUUCGCACGGCUACUCCUCGCGCCCACACAGAGGCGAGCACGCUGCCGUGCUCGCCUUCCUCCUCGACCUCGACGUCCCCACCUCGCCACCGGACGUCGUCGGCUACACGCCCCUCCACCUCGCGUGCAUGAACCCGCCGCAGCCGUCACUAGCCCGUCUCCUGCUCGAGCACGGCGCGAACCCGAACGCGCAGGACCGGUUCGGGAGCCCGCCGAUCAUGGCGGCGCUGCAAAACGCAGCCAUUGAGGUGAUCCACGCGCUCAUGGAGCACGGCGCGGACCUGCUCGUCGCGGACGCGGACGGGGUCACGCCCGAGGAGUUCUAUCCGGGCACGGGGUCCAAGGCGCGCUCGGCGGUCCAGCAGUGGAUCCGACAACGCGAGGGCGUCGAGGGGGUGCUGGAGGAGCGCAAGUGCGGGGCGUGCCGGAAGCAAGGCGAGGUGAAGUUCUGCAGCAAAUGCCACGCGGCGCAGUAUUGCUCGAAGGAGUGCCAAAGAGCGGACUGGCCGAGGCACAAGAACAAGUGCGUGCCGUUCACGGAAGCGAACAGCGUCACGGUCCUCCCAUUCUACCACGAUAUCGGCCCGAUCAUGGACGUGGCGGACAUGACUCGACAGGCGCACGGGUACCCGAUAGAACGCCUGGACAAACGCAGCCUGCGCUCGAUGAACAAGCCAACCAUCGCGCGCGGCGAGGUCAAGCAGCUCGUCGUCAAAAUCCAGCUGCCGGAGCUGAUGGUCUGCACCAACAAUCGGAACGCGCGCGUGCAGGACCUCGUCGUCUUCAACCGGAAACGCACGUUGGUCUGCCGCAUCCGCCGCCAGGACGACCCGGAGGCGUACCGCCUGAUCGAGCGCACCAUCAUCGCAAAAGGCCUGGGUGGCGUCGCGUACUUCCCGGCGGAGAUGCGGAAGGUGGACAGCCUGACCAUCAAGAUAUCGGAGGUGCUCGCGGAGCAGUCCUUCUGA